AUGGCCAGCGCAACUAGGAAAGAUCUCCUCAAGAAGGUAUACAACAUGGUACCGCCCAUGCUAGAGAGCUUCCACAAAGGUCAAUUGGGUCGUGUGGCAGUCAUUGGUGGUAGUGAAGACUACACUGGUGCGCCCUACUUCUCUGCCAUGGCCUCCGCGAAACUAGGCGCCGACAUGUCGCACGUAAUAUGCGAACCCGGUGCUGGUGCCGUCAUCAAGACCUACUCGCCCAACCUCAUGGUGCAUCCCUAUAUGCGCCAGUCCAAAAACCUUGCCCAGUCUGAGAGCGCCGAGAGUGUCAGCUCGGAAGUUGUCGGUAUGCUAUCGCGUCUACACGUCGUCGUUAUCGGUCCUGGUCUCGGUCGUGACGAGCUCAUGCAAGAUACGUGCGCAAGGGUGAUUGAGGAGGCGAGGAAACAAGGUAUUCCGUUCGUGCUGGAUGCGGACGGUCUCUACCUUGCGCAGACGAGACCAGAGCUUGUGGACGGCUGCACAGAGUGCAUUCUCACUCCCAACGUCGUCGAGUUCGGAAGACUGGCAAAGGCAAAGGGCGUCGACGUCAACGAGGGCGAUCCAUCAGAACUCUGCGCUAAGCUCUCCAAGGCAUUCGGUGGCGUUACAAUUAUACAGAAGGGCUCCAAGGAUUACAUUUCCAAUGGCGCACAUACGCUCGUCUCGGAAGGCGAGGGCGGUUUGAAGCGCUCGGGUGGUCAGGGUGACACACUGACGGGCAGUCUGGCAACCCUGUUGGCAUACAGGAAGGCAUACCAUGACAAGAUUUGGGAUAUUGGGACCGAGAUGUCGAGGAGCGAGACACUUGCUCUUGCGGCGUUUGGUGGAUCGUGCAUUACGAGGGAGUGCUCCAAGUUGGCGUUCAAGGAGAAGGGUCGGUCACUGCAAGCUAGCGACUUGACUGAGCACGUGCACACUGCGUUUUUGAACAUUAUUGGGGAGAGGGAGGAGACACCUAAGUUGUGA